AUGGAGGGGUCUGGUAAGAUGGACAAGGGUGUAGAGACAUCAAAGGGUGGUUGUAGUGAUUCAGGGUAUCUGGGUGGUUGUGAAAGGUUGAGUGAUAGGGCACCGGCAAUAGAAAGUGGGCAAUCACAAGCAGUGGGAAUGCGAAGAGCAUUGGUUAGAACAUGUUAUACAUAUGAGUAUAUGGUUGACCAAUGUGGCGGGUAUUUAAAUGUUGAUUUUCAAAUAAAGGAUCUGUACAAUAAGUUGGAUGCAUCACGCAAGGAAAUUUUGCUCGAUGGUGACACAGAAGCCACACUCUCAUACUUGAAAGGGAAAGGAGCAAUGGAUCCAGAAUUCUUUUGUAAGUUUAGUGUUGACGAGGAAAAUAGGCUUGGUAAUUUGUUUUGGAGGGACUCCACUUCACUUUUGGAUUACAUUGCCUACGGCGACGUCCUCAUAUUCGACAGCACGUACAAAACAAAUAUGUAUGACAAGCCUCUAGUGUUGUUUAUCAGUUCGAACAACUACCGUUCUACUGUAAUGUUUGGUUGCGCAUUUUUGCAUUACGAGACAUUUGAAAUGUACAAGUGGUUAUUGGAAACAUUCAUGGCAUCCAUGAAAGAUAAGAAGCCCAUAUCAAUAUUGACGGAUGGUGAUGAGGCGAUGCGUAAAGCCAUUGAUGAUGUGUUUCCCAUGUCUAACCAUCAGCUGUGCUCAUGGCAUGUGUCAAGGAAUGCACAGAAUAACUUGAAGGAUGAUGAAUUGCUAAGAAAUUUUCAGGCAUGUAUUUGGGAACCAUUUGCGUUGGGCGAGUUUGAGAAGAAGUGGGAGGUUUUCAGGGAAAGAAGGAAAGUUUUUCGGUGGUAUGUGCCCACUCAACGCGUGGAGUCCAUGAACAAGUAUGUGAAGGAUUACUUGAGGAAAGGCGAGAAGUUGUUUGAAUGUAUUCCAGCAAUUGAUAGGGCUAUGUUAUGUCUUAGGAAUACCACGGCGAAGGAUGGUUUCAACGCAAAGUACUCAACACCAGUCCUUAAAAUCGCAUUGACAAAACUCGAGCAACAAGCUUCUCUGAUAAACGUCCUAACGGAGACGUAG